GGCGCGGCGCCCCACAGUCCGCACCGUGCUGCCGUCGCGCACGCACGCGCAUGUCGCUCGCUGUCGAACUCGGUGAUGUGAGGUGGCCAACGCUACCGCAGCGCCGCGCGACACACGCGCUAUUUUCGCGAACAAGUACGCCAGUUGAAGGCUCGAGAGCCUUCGAGCCGGCAAGACGCCGUCCACCGUGGAUCUGAGGUACGGCGCCAUGGCGGCGACCACGUACAUGCCCGCCGAGAUGGACCUCGGCAACAUCGGCGGGUAUCACGCAGCGUCGCCGCGCAGCGCCGCCGAGCCGGCGGACAUGAAGUACCAGCACCACCUGCAGACGGGCGGCUCGCCGUCGCCGGGCGCGCCCGUGCUGGGCAACCCCUGGGCGUCGCUGCCGCCCGCCGACCCCUGGGCCAUGCACCAGCACCACUCGCACGCGCACCAGCCCGACGUCAAGCCGCCGCCCGCGCCGCACGAGCACCGCCACCUGCAGCACGCGGCGCACGGCUGGCACGCGCCCGUCGUGAGCGCGCACUACGGCGCCGCCUCGCCCGUGGCGCUGCACGGCGGCUACCCCGUGCCCAUGCACCAGCACCACAUGCUGCGCGACGUGCAGCCCUCGCCGCACCCGCUGCACCACCACCACGCGCUGGAGCGCGACCAGCCCGAGGAGGACACGCCCACCAGCGACGACCUGGAGGCCUUCGCCAAGCAGUUCAAGCAGCGCCGCAUCAAGCUCGGCUUCACGCAGGCCGACGUGGGCCUGGCGCUCGGCACGCUCUACGGCAAUGUGUUCUCGCAGACCACCAUCUGCCGGUUCGAGGCGCUCCAGCUGAGCUUCAAGAACAUGUGCAAGCUGAAGCCGCUGCUGCAGAAGUGGCUGGAGGAGGCCGACUCGACCACGGGCAGCCCCACGAGCAUCGACAAGAUCGCCGCGCAGGGCCGCAAGCGCAAGAAGCGCACGUCGAUAGAGGUGUCGGUGAAGGGCGCGCUCGAGCAGCACUUCCACAAGCAGCCCAAGCCGUCGGCGCAGGAGAUCACGUCGCUCGCCGACAGCCUGCAGCUGGAGAAGGAGGUGGUGCGCGUGUGGUUCUGCAACCGGCGGCAGAAGGAGAAGCGCAUGACGCCGCCCAACACGCUGGGCAGCGAGAUGAUGGAGGGCAUGGGCCACGCGCACUACGGGCACGACAUGCACGGCUCGCCGCUGCAGCACUCGCACUCGCCGCCGGGGCUGUCCCCGCAGCACGGGCUGGCGCAGGGCGGGCACACGCUGGCCGCGCACUAACAGUUCGCCCCGUGGGCGCCGCCGCGGCCCUACUACGCGGAGCCGCACUAGCGCCGCCCGCGGGAUCGCACGUGUACAUAGCGCCGCCGCCGGGACGUGCCGCGGCGCACAGUGACGGCGGGUCCGCGCAAUGUAAAUAGUUCGCGCGCGGGCCCGUCUCGUGGACUAUCCGCUACGUUUAAGUUGUUCUCUAUAAUUUCAGUGAAGUCAUUUAAUUAUGUGAGUAAUGUUAAGAUCGAAAGCCAGUAAUCGUUUAUACUUUGUCGAGCGCCGGGUUCGGAGUGUACGCCGAGACGUUUAGCUAGAUAGUCUAAUUGAUAAUAAGAGCUUACUGGGAGGAGGACCGGCGACGCUCGCACCCUCGCCGCGCGGCCGCUCGGUAAGUACGGUAGCUAGUCCCCGCCCGUCGGCCCCGGCCCCGGCGCCGCCCGGCCGUCCGGCGAGGAGUGCCUUGCGCUAUUCACUUUCGUAAAGGACGAUUUCAUCGAAUUUAUUUAAUAGAGUUAUGGAAAUAUGAUGUUCAUACAAACCUACCUGUCAGUAGGGAGUCAUUGUGGUGUGGAUUAAAUUUAAAUUGUUGCUAUUACUGUAAAUUUAACAAUUAGUCUGACGACGAAAGUAAAAAAUAUGAAUCGGGUCGAAGCUUGUUUUUGUAAAGGAAUUCAAGUAACGUCAGUAAGUGCAAUUUUUGUUUUAAGUGUUUAUUGAGCGAUCCGAGCGCCCCCGCGGACGCCACACUACGUCCCGCACAUAAUUUAUUAAAAAUAUUAAAACGAUGCAGACACGAUGCCAAAAUGGUUUUAUUCCUGUUUUUUACUUGUUUUGUUGUUUUUUCGUUUGUAUGUAUUUGUGGCCAACCUUGGUACUUAAACUUGUAAAAAUAGGUAUUUUUUCUAUAUAAAAAUAAUGUACCUACGACGUAUAUAAUGAUAUAUAUUAAAAAAGUUCUUUAUAGAAAUUGAAAUAUGGAAAUGACUUUUAUUGCACAAAUUCCUAACAAAAUUUGCCUAAAAUAUUUCAGUGAGUGAGUUUCUUGUAUAAAAACACAAUUAUUAGCUUAGGGACACUGACAGUACAUAGAACAAGCUCAUGCACACUAGACUUCUAACGAAUGCAGUGUAGUACAAAAACUAUGUUUGUGCACGAAUUGUCUGUAACGAGCGGAGGGCAUACAAACAAAAUGAUUUUUCUUUGAAUGUAGAGUCCAUUUUUUUGGUUUUGUUUGCACGAAAUUUUGUGGUAUUCAUUUUAUGAUUUAUCAAAGUGAAAUCAAACAAUGCAGAAUGUUUUUUCCGCGUCGGGUCAUGAUUACAAACGUCACCGUCGCGCUGGUUUUAUUGCGCGCAGGUAGGCCCGGGCGCGGGCCGCACAAAAACGCAUACACUUGCUCUGCCUCGCGGCUUUUUGUGUUGCCAUUUAAGAUAAAUAGUUUUCGGGUGUUCGAUAUACCUGUUGUUUAUUUUUUAUGUUCUUACAGCAACAAUGAUUUAUUUGAUUCUUAAAGAUUCAUUAAUAAAGUUAAAGAGCUCGGUCGUUGAUGUGGAAUGCCGUAAACAAAAGCCAAACAUAAACUCGUCCCCCGCAGACGAUCCCGUUUGUUCAAUAUGACCAUUGGUGAUUAAUUUUAUUUGUUAUCUUUAAAAUAUUCAGUUGUGAAACACACGUAACACGUUCAACUUUAUACCAUUUUACACACUUUACAUAGUAAGAAUAUUAAUAAAUAAUUCAUAUCCUAACAAUUCAAAUAUUAAUGCCAAAUUUUACUACAGGCUAACAGGUCUCGUAGUAAUCAUUAAUUUUAUUAAAAAUAAAUACGAUUUGCAUUGCAUUUAAAUAAUUUGUGCGCUCGAGUGUGCUUGCAGUUCAUUCAUAAAACAGCAAUUGUUACUUGCGACUCGUUCGUUCCUCGAUGAUUUUCAUUGAUCCUAUUAUUUUUUCUUUUCACUUAUAUCUUUUCUAAUUAGUAGAAACUUAAUGAUUUUUUAUCUUUUCUUUUUUCUUUUAAUUUAAAAAUAAAAGUUUGAAGUGAAAUUUGAAAUGACACUCGUCAAGAAUCAACUGAUGCCCAAUGGGCAAUUAAGCCGCGUUUUUGUCGCUAACGAUCGUCAAAUAAAAAUAAAAACCUUAUUCGCUUUAAUGAAUCCGCGUACUUUCUCCUGUCAAUAGUUACGAUCACAAAAAAUAUAAAGGAGCUGAAACAGUGCGUACUGGCAAAAAGUUUACGUGUGUCGAGACGGAGUAUGACAUUCCUGCGGUCUAAUGAAGCGUGUGCGCGGUGAAACACGACAUAACACCUCGCUGCCGGACCUUGGGCGAACAAUAGCUGGCUGACGAUGCCGCAACGACGGCCUCUCGCGAGGCCUAGCCCGGGCCAGCACGGCUCAGCUCCGGCUGAACUAGCCAGUGCAUGUGUAGACAGGCGUUGCCUGACAUUCUGAAACCCAACGAUCUUAAUUAUGAAUGAUUGUUCAGGCGUAUCUUAGUUUCUCCGGCGAGACGGGUCGGUCGCUCGAGCGUUGAUGUCUAAUAGAUGACGGUGUGCUCUGUUUUAGUUUAUGCUUUAGGUUUGUCUCUGGACAGCGUUUUUGGAUCGUAUUCUAACGAAAUCGAUUUUUUCGUUCAUGUUUUCAAGAUGUCAUACUCGCAUCUUGCCACAAGUUAUAUUUAGGAUACAAGCCUUCAUCAAAAAGCCAAAAAAUAUAAUAAAAGCGCUGACUUGUUCUCGAGAUAACCGUUCUGAGAUACAAAUGGACAGAUGUAAUCAUUCCGAUAAAAUGUAUUGACGAUAAUAAGCAUACAUCGGCGUGUUUUAAGUUAAACAUACCAUUCAGUUUCAAACCAAGCUUUCCUUUUUGAAAUUAUUAUUAUCUCUUUAAAGACAAUAUCUAUUUUGCGAACGCGUAAUGAAGCUUGAUCUCAAUGUUUUUUUUUAAUAAUGAUCAUUAUUAGUUGUGUCGCUUCAAUUUUAUGUCGUAUUUCGGCUCUAUUGAACAAAUAAAAAACCCCGGCGUAUACUAAACACGAUUAAUUAUCGCGCAUACGUAGAACAAGCGUAUACGUUGCAGCACUUGCAGCGGGAAUGCUCAAUAUAUUUUUUUGUGUCGGAGGAAUAGAAAUGGAAAAAAAAGAACCCGGCAUUGGAAUGGAAAAAUGCAGUCAGUUGCGAUAUUGCCCGAUUUGCAUAAACGAAUUUGCUCAAUUUAGAUCAAAAGUGAAAAUAUACAUCUGUUAGUUUAUUCCAUGCAAACGAACAGUCCUUCGCAGUGCGCGACUGAUCGCUACCGAACCCGAUACUUCAGUUAAACAAACAUUAUGUCAUAACUAAAAUAACUGCUGUAAUCAUUUAUUAGUUAGUUUUUUCUUUCAAUUAGUAUUAAUUUAUAUAAUUAAAGAUUAUCAACGACUGUUUCAUUGUAAAUUUGUAUAAAAUUAGAAGUUUUAUAAUUUUGAUGUUUAAAUAAUUAUCAUUGAAUAACAUUUACGAUAUCUGCAAUCAUUAAAUUGAACGGAUUAUUUAUUGUAUUCAAUUAGUUAAACAAUUAUUGAAUAUUAAUGCAAUUUUUAUUUCUAAUUCAGUUAAUUUUACAACUCGAGGAAUAAAACUCGCAUUUCAAAACAUAACUACUGAAAUAAUCAAAACCCUAAAUAUGGUAGUAAAUCAAGUAGUCAGAAUAUUGUAGAGCAUAAUGUAUUGUUAUUUUUAUUUAACAUUUGAGUGGUAUUGUGUUUGUUAGUCUCGAACUACGUAGAUUGUAUUUGCGUUUCCGUAAAUAUUAUGUACAGUGUAUUUAUUUUAUCAUCAAAUAGCUCUGUAUUGUUGACUUGAGGCGUUUAUUUUUCAUACUUUAGUUAAUACCAGUAGGCAAACUUGUAAAUAAUUAGUUAUCAUUCUUUAACUGUAAUUUCAACGUCGGGAUAAAG